AUGAUAGCUACGAAAAUUGUUGGGCGUAAACUAUCACGCGUACGCUACGUUUCUCCUGUAGGAGUUGCCGUGUCAAUGGUGUUUUCGAUACUAUGCUGCAUUGCUGCAGCAAAAGUUGAGGCAAGAAGGCUUGAAAUUGUAAAAAGUCAUGGAUUAAUUUAUAAACCAGAUGAAAGAGUACCUAUGAUCAUGUUUUGGCUUUUACCACAAUUCGCGUUGCUUGGUGCCUUAGAUGGAAUUCGCGAAUGGAGUGUUCCGAAUUUAGUAGUUGGUCAAGCUCCUCGCUCUAUGCUCGGGUUGUUUAACUUCAUCAGCCUUAGUAUAAUCGGAACCGGGUAUAUAGAGAGUGCUGUUUCUGUUUAUGUUGUUGGAAGGGUUAGCAGGAAGGUUAGUGGGAUAAAUUGGUUCCAAAGCACAUUGAACAAGAGCCGUUUAGAUAAGUAUUAUUGGGUAUUAGCUGCACUAAGUGCAAUAAAUCUUGUUAUCUACAUUUUGGUGGUAUGCUUUUAUCGCUUUAAAGAUUUAGAUGUUGAAGCGUUGGAAGAGCCAGAGUUCGAAGAGACUGAAGACAACAUUGUCAACCACAUGGAAUGA